AUGGAUGUACGCGUUAAAUUCUCUGAAACAGAAAAUGCAAUGAUUAAAAUAGCUAGGCUAAUUACGUUGCAUUCGUUAAAGAUGAUGGUUAGUAAAUUCACGCGUGUUCCGAUGGAUUCAAUAACAAUAUAUGCAAAAGAUAAGCAAAUAACAGAAAACGAUAACAUAUUCAAUCUAAUCAAGCAAAAUGGAAAUGAAAUUAUCGUAAAAUACGUUGAUGCAGCUCAUUCGGUAAAAGAUAAAAGGGAUGCAACACUUUUCAAUAGCAUAACAGAAUCGUAUGCAAUAUGUAAUCCAAAGAAAUACGCAAAUGAUAGUACUCUUUCGCCGAAUCAAGAAUAUUUACUGAAUCUUGGCUUUAAUUCUUAUAUGGUAACAAAUGCGUUACAAACAUGCGAUAAUGAUUUAUCUAAAGCUUUAGGAUUACUUUUAUCUCAUCCUACACCAACACUUCAUAUAAAUGAAACGUCUAAAAGAUUUGCGGACGCUAAUUCUGAAAAAGUUACAACAGUAGAAUCUGAUUCUGAUGAAUCCCAAAGCGAAGCGGUAGUUUCUAAAGAGACUGAAAUUGAACAAGAAAAAAUAAAGAAAGAAGCUGCUCGUUUGGAAAAUCUAGAGCACAAUAUAUUCAAAGAUAAAGAAACAUAUCAAAGUGUUCUUAAAAUUAUUAAUAAAAUUAAUGAAAGUAGCAAAAAGUCAUAUGACCAAGAAAGCACAACUAACGAUCAAGAAGCUAGUGAUAAUGACUCUUAUUCAAGUACAAUGCAAAACAUGUCAAAUAAUCUGAUUACGAAACCACUGACUGGUCGUAGAUUCAGAGGUGUUACAGUAAUAAGACAAGUUCCAGAACCUAAAAGUUUUGUUGGUCAGAGUCAUGCCCCUCAGAUCCGCAGUCCUGAAAACAUUGUUACUUCUCAUCAACCUGUAGUAGAAACACCACAGAAAACUCAAUCUGUUGUUAAUCCCACACCAACGACUGCCACAACUCUGAAUCAACAACCGCAAAAUAACCCAAUUUUACAACAGAAUAUUACUCCAAAAUCUGUAGAAAACCCUCCUAAUCAAGCAAAUCCUGAAUCUCAGCAGAAAUCGGUAGUACAACAACAAAAAUUAUUGCAAGCAUACGCAAUCCAGAUGUAUAAACAAGAGCAACAGCAGAUGUUUCAGCAAAAUUCCCCACAAACAGCUCAACAAAUUCUUCAACAACUUGAGCAUCAAAAUCCAUCUAAAUCUGUUCAACAAAAUCCAAUACAAGUAAUGCCUCCAACCCAACAACAAAUAGCACCACCAAAUCCACUACAAUUAAUUCGGUCAAAUCCUGCACAAAUAGCCCGUCCAAACAUGUCAAAGCCUCCAGAACCAGCUAAACAAAAGCCAGUUGUUAAUUCUGAUGAUGAUUCAGAUGAUGAUGUCGAAAUAAUUGGUUUUAAGAAGCAUGAUGAUAUUAGUUCUCAACAGCCAAUUCUUAGUCGUCAACCUUUUUCUCAGGCUCCUAAUUCAUAUCCAUCAACAAAGGUCUCAACAGAAACUAAUACUAAACAAAAUAAAAUCACGAAAUAUAUGUUUAGUCAACAACCAAUAUCAAAUUCACAAAGUCCAAAUUCUUUCAAUACUUUUCAAAGUUCUCUAUCAAGAACGGAAAAUCUUAGAAUAAAAAUGUGCAUCGCUUAUGCUGCAACACCUGAUAAAUGGGACCAAAUCAUUCAAAAAGUGCCUGGAAAAACAAUUUUUGAAAUACAAAAUGAAAUUAUAUUAAUUCAAAAUAAUCCUAAAUAUUCUCGCUUCUUGGAGCCUGUUGAUACUGAAAGGGAGCCUCAAAAAGAAGAACUUGAAAAUAUUGCUAGGUAUUAUAGGGAAUAUAAUAAUAAUUAUGCGGCUAUUGCAUCAAAAUUGAUCAAAAGAACACCACAAUCUGUUGAAAAUAUUAUCAAGAAAUAUUUGAUGGUUAGAGUCGAAUGA